UUCUAAACUAUUAUUGAGGUUUAUCGCUUUGACAUUGAUCAAAAGUAAAUUGGACAUCCGUAUUGAAGAACAUAAAGUAUUCAAGAUGUUGCCAAUAAUAAUAUUAUUGACUGUUUUCGUGUAUCUUCUAUCACUUUGGAUAAGAUGGAGAAAAAGAAAGAUGAGCCUGUUUCAAAGAUAUGGAAUUUCUGGGCCUAAUCCCAAUUUCAUUACUGGAAAUGCAAUGGAAUAUAAUAGAAAAAGGAACAAAUGCAUUGAUGAAUGGAUAGAAAAAUAUGGAAAUAUUUUUGGUUUCUUUCUUGGAGGAAAACCUUGGGUUGUGUGUCGUGAUUUGGAAUUGAUAAAACUUAUACAGAUAAAGGAAUUCAAAAAUUUUAUGAAUAGAGAUGUAAUACUUCCGGAUGGAGGAGUUCCUCAUAAUUUGGUGCUUAAAACACUUGUACUUCAAUGUGAUGAGGAUUGGAAAAUUACCAGAAAUAUAUUGAGCACAAGUUUCAGUACAGCUAAAUUAAAGAUGAUGAGCACUCUUAUGUCUAAGCCGAUAAAUAUAUUUAUGGAGAAAAUCGAAAAACAGAAAGAAUCGCCGUUUAAUAUUGCUGAAUUUUAUAAAAAGUUAACUUUCGAUAUAACUUGUAGAACAGCUUUCGGAAUUCAGACUAACGUACAAAAUGACGAAACAAGUAAAUUUGUGCAAUCCGUCUAUAAUAUCUUGCAGGUUGAUUCAACAGAUUUACUCUCCAUAUUAUCAAUUUGCUUUCCCGAAAUUGAACCGAUUCCUACAUACAUCAGAAAGAUUUUGGAUGCAAUAAAAUAUGCAAUUAAUUAUCCCUGUGCUAAAAUGGUUUUUGAUACAUGCAGUCAAUUGGUUACUUUCCGAAAAACUUCUCAUUAUCAUCCACCAGAUCUCUUGCAAAUCAUGAUUGAUGCUGAAAGCGAAGAGGAUGGUGUCCUAUCGAAGCUUUCAACAGAUAGUAUUGUUGCGAAUGCUGUUGCAUUUAUGACAGCUGGAUAUGACACUUCGAGUACUAUGUUGGCAUGGUGCACCCAUUAUUUGGUUAAAUAUCCUGAAGAACAAGAAAGAAUUCGUCAGGAGAUAAACGAAAACAUCGAAAACAAUAAAAUUGAAUAUGCUGAUUUAUCCAAAUUGAAAUACCUGAGUCAAGUAAUAUCGGAAACGUUACGUAUUCGUCCUCUUUCAUCGUUGUUAAUAAGUAGAAAAUGUUCGAACGAUUUCCAUUAUAAGAAUAUAACUAUUCCAAAAGGAGUUACAGUUAUGAUUCCAGUACCGAACUUGCAUAAAGACUGUAAUUAUUGGAUAAAACCGGAAAAUUUCAACCCUGACAGAUUUUCAUCUAAGAAUGCAGGACUAAUAGAUCAAUCGAUAUACCAACCUUUCGGAUCCGGUUCAAGAGGCUGCAUAGGAAUGAGAAUGGGUCAAACAGUUAUGAAAUUAACUUUGGCUAAUCUCAUAAAGAGCUACAAAUUAGAAGCUUGUGGAAGUUUGGAAGUUGAAGAAGACUUCUCGCUUUUCAUACCCCGUCCAAAAAAUGGAAUUAUUGUAAAGGCAACUGCAAUAACUUCGUAAACCUUUUGAUAAAUGAAUUUUAAUGAAUUUUUUCUUUUAUUUUAUUUGGGUUUAUAAUGAAAACAUUCAUCUUAUAUAUGUUAAAUUUAUUCUCAAAAUUUGGAUAUACGCAGUAGCGGGCUAAGA